AUGAGUGCUCUCCUUGAGACAUCACUGGGCGAUAUCGUCAUUGACUUAUUCGUUGACGAGUCGCCCAAAGCCUGCGAAAACUUCCUGAAGCUCUGCAAAACCAAAUACUACAAUUUCUCCCCGGUUCAUAGCGUCCAGAAGAACUUUUCUUUCCAAACCGGCGACCCGCUGGGCCCAGAUGCCCCCGAGAGCGAUGGCGGGUCCUCGAUCUGGGGACUUCUGGACGACCGCGGAACGGUGAGCAUGGCAACCGUUCCCGCCCCCAACGAUCCCGACCAACGACUCGCAGCUAGCCAGUUCCUAAUUACCCUGGGCGAUGAUCUAGACUACCUGGAUGGAAAAGCGGCUAUCUUUGGCAAGGUAGUAGAGGGCUUCGAUGUGUUAGAGAAGAUCAACGAUGCAUUCAUUGAUGACAAGGGCCGGCCCUUGAAAGAUAUUCGAAUCCGACAUACUGUUGUCCUGGAUGAUCCGUUCGACGAUCCUCCUGGGCUGGUUGAGCCCCCCGAGAGUCCGGUACCAUCUAAGGCCCAGCUGGCAACGGUCCGGAUCGCCGAUGACGAAGAACUGGAUGACGGAAUGGACGAAGAAGCGAUGGAGAAAUUGCGACGGGACCGCGAAGCGCGCGCCCAGGCGCUGACCCUCGAAAUGGUGGGCGAUCUUCCAUUCGCCGAGGUCAAACCCCCCCGAGAAUGUUCUAUUCGUCUGCAAGCUCAACCCGAUGAGGAUCUCGAGUUGAUUUUCAGCCGGUUUGGAGUAAUUCUAUCCUGCGAGGUUAUUCGAGACAAGCGCACCGGAGACAGUCUUCAGUAUGCGUUUAUCGAAUUCGAGAAUCAAAAAGACUGCGAACAAGCAUACUUCAAGAUGCAGGGUGUGCUCAUUGAUGACCACCGUAUCCACGUCGAUUUCUCCCAAAGUGUGUCAAAACUCUCUGAGAGUUGGCGCAACGCCACCGUCACCAAGCGCAGACAGCGUGGUGGAUUCGGUGGUGUGGCAGAUUUAGAGAAGAAACGCCAGUACCGAGCGGUCGAGAAUACUGAAAAGGAUAGCGAUGGCCGGGACUCCUAUGGAAUGGUUUUCGACAAGUCUCGCCGCCAUUCCGGCCCUCGUGGGAGAAACCUCCGCACAGGGAACGCAGUCCGCGAGGACGAGAAGCACCACGAUACCGUCGUCGAUCUUACAGUCGAAGUCCGGACCGGCGAGAUUCACGGCGAGACCGUGACCGUGACCGUGACCGUGAUCGUGAUCGUGAUCGUGACCGUGAUCGGCGCUACCGUGAUGACCGUUAUGCUCGUCGUUAAUGUAACUUAG